AUGGCUAUACCACUGAUGACAUUGAGUUUUACUGGAAUGGAGGAGAGGGAGCAGUAACCGGAGUUAAUAAAAUUGAGCUUCCUCAGUUUUCAAUUGUUGACUACAAGAUGGUGUCAAAGAAAGUGGAGUUCACAACAGGGGCAUAUCCACGACUGUCACUAAGUUUUCGCCUAAAGAGAAACAUCGGUUACUUCAUUUUGCAAACCUACAUGCCUUCGACACUGAUUACAAUUCUGUCCUGGGUGUCUUUUUGGAUCAACUAUGAUGCAUCUGCAGCCAGGGUUGCACUAGGGAUCACCACUGUGCUGACAAUGACGACCAUCAGCACUCACCUCAGGGAGACCCUGCCAAAGAUCCCUUAUGUCAAAGCAAUAGAUAUUUAUCUAAUGGGUUGCUUUGUGUUCGUGUUCCUGGCUCUGCUGGAAUAUGCUUUUGUGAAUUAUAUAUUCUUUGGGAAAGGCCCUCAGAAAAAGGGAGCUAGCAAACAAGACCAGAGUGCUAAUGAAAAGAACAAACUGGAGAUGAAUAAAGUUCAG